ACCAACGAUUAGAAGGCAAAUCAUCUUCAACAUUGCCAUCAUCGUACACAUCAUCGACGACGACGACGACGACGAGGUCGAAGCCGAUGGACAUCUGAAGCUACAGCAGCAGCCUAGGCAUCGCCGUUUGAUAGUAGUCCUCAUCGUCAAUUUAACACAGAACACCUGUUCAUACAAAGUGCAAAACAUGGCAGUGAAUGUUUACAGUACCAGUGUAACCACGGAAAACCUUUCCCGAAAGGAAAUGCUGUCGUGGGUCAAUCGAACGCUGCUAUCGGACUUCAAGAAAAUUGAGGAACUUUGUACAGGCGCCGCCUACUGCCAGAUGAUGGACAUCCUCUUCCCGGGUUGCGUCCCCCUCAGGCGGGUCAAAUACUGCACCAACCUGGAACAUGACUUCCUCAACAAUCUGAAAAUCUUCCAGAACAGCCUGGUCGCGAUGCAGGUCGAAAAAACGGUUCCCAUCGAUCGGCUGAUCAAGGGCCGUUUCCAGGACAACUUUGAGUUUCUGCAGUGGUUCAAGAAGUUCUUCGACGCCAACUACGAUGGCAAGGAGUACGAUCCGAUCGGGGCACGGCAUCAGCACCCGAUGGGCUAUGGGACGCCCAAUACGCUGCGGCCCAGUCAGAAGGCGAAUGUGAGCGGUGGGGUGUCAAAGGCGGCUGGUGGUGGCAUGAACAAGUCGGUGAACAAGGCUGGAGAUAAAAAGUCCACUCCAACGACGGCUUUGGAAAAUUUGAAAAUCAGCGAAGCCAGCAAUGAACUGAUGGAGCAGGUGCAAAUGCUGACACAGGAAAAGGAUGAUCUGACGCAGAAGACCGAAACGGCCGAAGCGGAGCGGGAUUAUUACUACCAGAAGUUGACGCUGAUCGAGGCAUUAGUAAACGAAGAGGAUAGUGAAGAUACCAAAGUUUUCUGCGAGCGAGCCAAGGAAAUCAUGUAUGCAGAAGGGUAAUCCAUUUCAACUGAUUGAUAAGAAGUUUGUAAAUCAAUUUUAGUUAUUAUUUGUCCAUGUGUUUGUAGUUUUAGAAUCUAAUAAGUUCAUUAAAAGCGCAUUAUUAUCGUAUUAUAUGCCAUUAUACAUGAAUACAC